CGGAAAUCUACACUAUACUAUCGUCGACCUCAAGCCCAAGACAUCGCCGACGCCGACAACCAUGGUCAACAUCCCCAAGACUCGCCGGACUUACUGCAAGGGCAAGACGUGCAAGAAGCACACGCCUCAUAAAGUGACGCAGUACAAAAAGGGCAAAGAUUCGCUAUUCGCCCAAGGAAAGCGUCGUUACGAUCGUAAGCAAUCAGGGUACGGUGGUCAAACUAAGCCAGUCUUCCACAAGAAGGCAAAGACGACAAAGAAGGUCGUUCUACGGUUGGAGUGCACUGUGUGCAAGUACAAGAUGCAGCUUUCGUUGAAGCGUUGCAAGCACUUCGAGCUCGGUGGUGAGAAAAAGACAAAGGGUGCUGCGCUCCAAUUCUAAGCGCCUCGGGAGUCGUUUCAUAUUUUGUUUUCCACUGCUAUGUAUCCUCAAGCACAUUUAUGACAUGAACAUGCAUGCAUAUUC